UGCGCAGGCGCACAGUAAAUUACACACGUGUGGUGCAAGAGGUCCUUUUUGAUCAGGACAGUGCGAUAAAAAGACUGUUCCAAGAGCGCUGUUUUCAAUCGAGAGGUGCUACAAGAUGCAACUUUUCAUCCAAGGGCAGGAGCUCCGUACCUUCAACGUCACAGAAGAGACGACGUUUGAUCAUGUCAAGUCAGAGCUAGUUGGUUGUGAGGGCAUUCCAAUGGGGGACCAAGUCCUCUCCUAUGCUGGUGUUCCACUCGAGGGCGACUCUCUGGUGUGCGAUACAGUGCCAGAACUAGCCACUCUAAGCCUCUCUGUCAGGGUACUCGGAGGUAAGGUUCACGGCUCUCUUGCUCGUGCCGGAAAGGUCAGAGGACAGACACCAAAGGUGGAGGCACAAGAAAAGAAGAAGAAGAAGACGGGGCGAGCCAAGAGAAGGAUGCAGUACAACCGUCGCUUUGUCAACGUUGUGGCCACCUUCGGACGUCGCAAGGGACCCAACUCAAACGCACCUUGAACUGUUCAUGACUGACAAUUUGUUGUGUGUGUAUACUUUUUAGUUUAAUAUGAUGAUAUUGCACAACAGAGCUAACAAUGAAUGAAAUGUGUUGUAUUAAACUA